AUGUUUUGUUGCCGCGUGUGCGGAGACGUCAACGGCCAUCCUCACUAUGGGACCAUUUGUUGCCCGUACGUUUGCUUGGAUUUUAAGCUUCAAAAUUUAUUCCUACUUUUUAGAAGCUGCAAGGGGUUUUUUCGGCGGGUCUUUUUAUCGGCCAAGAACCUCGAGUGCUUCCGCGGCAACUCGUGCAUCAUACAAAAAGGUUUGCACAAAUAAAGGUUGUUAAUGAUGGUUUUUUGAGGAACUCGAAACAUCUGCCGAUCUUGCCGCUGGCGUAAAUGCGUCGCUGUCGGGAUGAAUGUGAGAGGUGUGUCUUUUUUUCCUGUCGCUUUUGUGGUUCAACGAAAGUUUUGAACUUAUUCAAAAAUGAUUACAAUUGAGAGAUUCGUGUGAAACAAAAGUCGGUGACAUCAGUUCCCGUGGUCGACAACGAGCUCGCCGACACCUCUAUCCUCCUCGUCGAGCCACAGACGAACCCGAAAACGGUAAACUCGAAUCUUUGACUCAUCUCCUGUUCUCAGCAGCCAUCCAUUAAAGGGUUCCCAUCGUUGGAACAAGCUGAGGAUAUUGUCAGCACGUUUGUCAACUUGGAAAAGUUGGUGAACUGCAAACGUACCAUUUUUAAAUUGAUAAUUGAGGUUUUGUGAAAACUUGGAAAGCAUGGCGUCGAGCUCGACAACAAACUUGAAAGAAGCUGAGCUGAUCGGCCAAAUGUUCGACUGUUCCGUUGGUGAGCUCAUCGAGAAGAUUGGCCCGCAGUGUCCGAGAUUUGAGGUCUGCGAAAGGAUUUCAAAAUAUUUUUAGUGUACUAAUAUUUUUUUGUCUCACAUAUUUGAAGAAAAAUAUUGCAGAGAAACUGGAGACCUCUCGAGAUUCUCAACGUGUCCAACUUCUUACGCGCCUGGGCUCGAGGGAUUGUUCACUUUUUGGACUUUGCUACCCAUGUUCCAGUUUUCAACACGCUGUGCCUACACGACAAGGUUGGAUCGAUUUUCAUUUAGAUGCCCGGUUUGAGAGGAAUUUUAGCAAGUUUGGUUCACUUGCCGACUGACGCCUUGCUCUUUGCUCACUAUGGCUUACUACACGAAGCGGGAAAUGUGCAACGGCCUGUUGUUUGGUUCGGGAAAUGUUUUUCCUAAAGAUGCAACUCUCAGGGAGUCUGUCGAGGAUCCCUAGUAGGCCGUUUUUUUUCUCCCGACUAAGUUUUUCCUCCUUCUGUCAGCUUGCGCAACCUGUUUGGCAAACUGACGGACAGCCUCUUUGCCGACGUCGUCUACACAAUGAUCAACCUCAAAGUCGAUGACAAGACCUUUGCCAUGCUCAAAGCCAACGUCUUUUUCAGUCAAGGUUUAGUGAUAGUUUGCUUUAGGAGAAAAUAUGUGAUUUUAGUUAUUCAUUUCGACUAGCAAACAAAGUUUUUGGAUGUGUACAAAAAAUAUCGGCUAGAAAUUAAUUUUAGGAAUGGCGCCUAUGAUGAUGACAGCGGUCGGGCGAGAAACAAUGAGACGUGAAAAGGAACGCAUGAAGAGCGCCUUGCUGCGAAUCAUCACUAGCAAGAUUGACUACUUUGACGGCGGAAUCGACGCCAUCUUUCAGAUCGAAAAUCUUCUUGGGUGCAUUGAGGUUUGAUUUUUUGCGUUCCUGGUUUGAAACGAGAAAUGCUAGAAAAAAAAAGAAAAGUUGAAAAAAAGUGUUUUCAUUAAAAUUUUUGAUUCACUCAGAACUGAUUCAAGAAUUGGCUCUUCUUUCGUAAACACGGCUUACCCAGAAAAAUAUUCUCUGAUAUAAGAAAAAAAUCCUAUUUCUUUUUUUGAUGUAAUCCUUUUUUUAUUAGCUUUUUUUCUCGAUAUUCAGUCGGUUUCCCGUUACAUAAAGUUUUUCUGACAAAAUAUUGUUUUUUUAUUGUAAGUGCCAUAUUUUUCGCCAGUGUUUAGAGGUCAGAAAAAAAUUUGGAGGUUGAAAUAGAAUAUUAGUUUUAAAAGGAUUUACUUCUCAUUUUAGUUCUAGAUGUGAUUUUUUUAGAAUAUCAAUAUUGUAGAAAUUUCUUCCGGCAGUGUCUGGAAAAAAAUAACAGCCAGAAAAAUUAAUAUUUUAUUUGUGAUAAUGGCGUGUUCAUCGGACAAAACGAAAAUUGCUUCGAAACGCAAAAACAUUGCUCCAAAACAAAAAUUAGUACUCUUUUGGAGCGACUUUGGCGCGCCGAUGAACACGAUUUUUCGUUUUGAAGCAUGUUCCGUUUCUCCGAUGAACACGCCAUAAACGUUCAACCUUGCUUUUUGCGCGUCGCUUUUCAUGUAUCGCGUGCACUGCGUACAACACAUUUUGUUUGCCGCCGUGUUAUUUCGAAAAAAAAAGAAAGAAAUCCGGAUUAACUUUUUUUUUCUCAACGGAAAACUUUGAUUUGGUUUAACGAUUCCAAAUAAAGUAUAUUAGAAUUGAUUAAUAAUUUUAAAAAUGUAUGAAAAUGAGAAGUGUUGGCAUUUUUUUUUCCAGGCAGCAUCCAAUUUUUUUGACCGGGAAGUCCAGUAUUUUGACGUGAUUGGCCUACCAAUCGUCAAGAAGCGCAUGUUUGUCGAGUGCCACGUUCACAAGAUUCCCCGUGUUGAGUGA